AUGCAUUUCCAACCCUCGGUCAUCGCCGUCUUCGCGGCAAUGCUCACUGUGACCAUCGCAGCGCCAACAUCUGGCUCUGAAAUCAAAGAGAAGCGAGUGGCAGCUCCUGGCGAUCCAGGCAAAGACUAUGUCUACCCGUUCAAAACCUACCCGGAGGAAGAGAAGCGAUCCGAUCCAGCCAAAGACUACGUUUACCCGUUCAAAACCUACCCGGGAGAGGAAAACGAUCCGAUCCAGCCAAAGACUAUAUCUACCCAUUCAAAACCUACCCGGAAGAAGAGAAGCGAUCCGAUCCAGCCAAAGACUACAUCUACCCGUUCAAAACCUACCCGGAAGACGAGAAGCGCGCUGCGGCUCAGGAGUUCGAGGAGGGCAAAUAGGCGACCCAGCAAGAGGACUUCAGGUCUUCGGUCUCGGGGAAGAUAUCAGAGGGGUUGCGCUGAAACGUGGGGUUUUUAA